GUCAGAUUGAUCUUGUUAAGCUAGAGAUCAUCAGGAUGAAACGCUCUUUCUGGUUUCUUUUUGUAUGCACUAUGACUUUGUCACAUGUUUCUGAACCACUAGUAAAACAGAAUCCAUGUUUCAAAUUACAGAAGGACAGAUUGGAAAUCUUAGUUUACAGAAAUAUCUUGAAUAAUAAAAAGAGAUGGAAAAAUCAUCGUAUCAUCACUCCAGCCUUAAUUCUUUACAAGCUAUCUAGAAAGAAAGUUAAAAGAUUUCGUAUUGUAGGGACUAUUCUAAAAGAAUUUUGGGACGUAAUGUUAAAUAGUAAAGACUUUUUGAAGGAUGGACAGAAGAAAAUUUUCGAUGCUUUCCUUGUGAAAGCGGAACAUCUAUACUACCGAAUUGAAAAAGAAAAUUCGAAGUAUUUGGAUAGAGAAAUCCAAAUAAAAGAUUUUACGCACUUGGAAAGUGUUCCAAAAGCCCUGAUCCUCAUUAAUGAAUGUAUUGAUGCUUUUGAUAGUCUUGAAAUAUGUUCAUAA